GCGUUUCCAAGCAAGCAAGAUGUCAUCAGCAAAAGGAUUAGCCAUUGGUAUUGAUCUGGGCACCACCUACUCUUGUGUUGGUGUUUUCCAGCACGGAAAGGUGGAAAUCAUCGCCAACGAUCAAGGCAACAGGACGACUCCCAGCUACGUCGCCUUCACAGACACAGAAAGGCUCAUUGGAGAUGCUGCCAAGAACCAAGUUGCCCUGAACCCCGCCAACACAAUCUUUGAUGCCAAACGGCUCAUUGGGAGAAAGUUUGAUGACCCUGUGGUCCAGUCUGAUAUAAAACUCUGGCCUUUCAAGGUAGUCAGUGACAAUGGGAAGCCUAAAGUUCGGGUAGAAUAUAAAGGGGAAACAAAGGAYUUUUGUCCUGAGGAGAUUUCUUCAAUGGUUUUGGUUAAAAUGAGAGAGAUUGCUGAGGCGUUUCUGGGACAGAAGGUGUCAAAUGCAGUCAUUACAGUGCCAGCUUAUUUCAACGACUCACAGAGGCAAGCCACCAAAGAUGCUGGAGURAUCUCUGGACUGAACGUUCUGAGGAUCAUCAACGAACCCACAGCAGCAGCCAUYGCUUACGGCCUGGAUAAAGGGAAAAGAGGAGAGCGCAACGUGCUCAUCUUUGAUCUCGGCGGAGGCACCUUUGAUGUGUCMAUCCUGACCAUUGAGAAUGGCAUAUUUGAAGUGAAAGCCACAUCUGGGGACACACACCUUGGUGGGGAGGACUUUGACAACCGAAUGGUCAAUCACUUUGUUGAGGAGUUUAAAAGAAARCACAGAAAAGACAUCUCACAGAAUAAAAGAGCAGURAGGAGGCUGCGGACAGCCUGUGAAAAGGCAAAGAGGACCUUGUCCUCCAGCACUCAGGCUAACAUUGAGAUCGACUCUCUGUUUGAGGGUAUCGACUUCUACACCUCGAUCACAAGGGCCCGUUUUGAGGAGCUCAACWCRGAUCUCUUCAGAGGAACACUGGAGCCAGUUGAGAAGGCCCUGCAAGAUGCCAAGCUGGAUAAGUCUAAGAUCCAUGAAAUUGUCCUGGUUGGUGGUUCCACAAGAAUACCCAAAAUCCAGAARCUCUUACAGGACUUCUUUAAUGGUAAAGAACUGAACAAAAGCAUCAACCCUGAUGAAGCAGUGGCCUAUGGUGCUGCGGUCCAGGCUGCUAUCCUCAUGGGCGACACUUCRGAGAACGUCCAGGAUUUGCUGCUGCUGGAUGUGGCGCCCCUCUCUUUAGGUAUCGAAACCGCAGGUGGAGUUAUGACGCCUCUUAUCAAACGGAACACCACAAUCCCCUCGAAGCAGACUCAGAUCUUCUCCACGUACUCUGAUAACCAGCCAGGAGUACUGAUWCAGGUGUACGAAGGUGAAAGAGCUAUGACCAAAGACAACAAUCUGCUUGGGAGGUUUGAGCUCACAGGUAUCCCACCAGCUCCUAGAGGUGUGCCACAAAUCGAGGUAACCUUUGACAUUGAUGCCAACGGUAUUCUAAAUGUGUCGGCCGUGGACAAAAGCACUGGCAAAAUAAACAAAAUCACAAUCACCAACGACAAGGGCCGCCUCAGCAAAGACGAGAUCGAGAAGAUGGUGCAAGACGCAGACAAGUACAAAGCAGAGGACGACAAGCAGAGGGAGAAGAUAGCAGCCAAGAAUUMUCUGGAGUCCUACGCCUUCCACAUGAAGAGCAGUGUUGAGGACGAGGCUCUGAAAGGGAAAAUUAGUGACGAGGAUAAAAAGAUGGUUGUUGACAAAUGCAACCAGACAGUUUCUUGGCUGGAGAACAACCAACUCGCUGAGAAGGAUGAGUACGAGCAUCAGCAAAAGGAACUGGAGAGGGUGUGCAAGCCRGUCGUGACGAAGCUGUACCAAGGAGCAGCAUCAGGAAGCUGCGGCAGCCAAGCUAGAGGCAGCGCUCAAGGUCCCACUAUUGAAGAAGUGGACUAGAACUCCCUGCUAAUCUGUGCAACCUUGACAACAUUGUCUCUACACCUAAAAACCCACUUUUUUACUCAAGCUUUUAGCUAACCAUUCACCAUUAAUGUCAGCCUACCUCAAAGUGAAUGCUCGCCAACUGUGUGGUUUUCUAUUUUUGAAAAUACGGCAUAUUUUUGUCUCUCCCCAUUCUCUAUGUUUUGUAUAACUUUGCAUAUUUUGCUAUGCAUUGACCGURUGUCUGAUCAACAAAUUUAGAAUUUAAUCCAUGUAUCUUUACGUUGCUUAUGUGUAAUUUUAUUGUUU